AUACCCUCAUACGCUCCCUGCAUAUAUAACCCACUCCCUCUCGAUCGAAACCCUAAUUUCUGUUGAUCACUCGAUCUCAUCUAUCCCUCUCCUUUCCCAAAUCUCGGUUUCUCUCUUCCACCACCGGUAAAGAUGCGUGAGAUCCUUCAUAUUCAAGGUGGUCAAUGUGGAAACCAGAUCGGAGCUAAGUUCUGGGAGGUUGUUUGCGCCGAGCACGGCAUCGAUGUGACCGGGAAGUAUACCGGAGAUUCCGAGCUCCAGCUUGAGAGGAUCAAUGUUUAUUACAAUGAGGCCAGUGGUGGGAGGUUUGUUCCACGGGCGGUGCUCAUGGAUUUGGAGCCAGGGACGAUGGACAGUCUCAGAUCUGGAGCAUACGGGCAGAUCUUCAGGCCUGAUAACUUUGUAUUUGGUCAGUCUGGUGCUGGUAAUAAUUGGGCGAAAGGACACUACACUGAAGGUGCUGAGUUGAUCGACUCGGUUCUGGAUGUUGUUAGAAAGGAGGCCGAGAAUUGCGAUUGCUUACAAGGUUUCCAAGUGUGCCAUUCUCUAGGAGGUGGAACAGGGUCUGGUAUGGGAACUCUUCUGAUUUCAAAGAUCAGAGAAGAGUAUCCUGACAGGAUGAUGAUGACCUUCUCAGUCUUUCCAUCACCAAAGGUCUCAGACACUGUUGUUGAACCCUACAACGCCACACUAUCUGUCCACCAGCUCGUGGAAAAUGCUGAUGAAUGCAUGGUCCUUGAUAACGAGGCCCUGUACGACAUCUGCUUCAGAACCCUCAAACUCACCACCCCAAGCUUUGGUGAUCUAAACCAUCUCAUUUCUGCAACAAUGUCUGGAGUCACCUGUUGUCUGAGGUUUCCCGGUCAACUCAACUCUGACCUCCGAAAGCUCGCCGUCAAUCUCAUCCCAUUCCCUCGUCUUCACUUUUUCAUGGUCGGAUUUGCCCCUCUAACCUCACGUGGGUCCCAGCAAUACCGUGCCCUAACAGUCCCUGAACUCACCCAACAAAUGUGGGAUGCAAAGAACAUGAUGUGUGCAGCUGACCCACGUCACGGGCGUUACCUAACUGCUUCAGCCAUCUAUCGUGGAAAAAUGAGCACAAAAGAAGUCGAUGAACAGAUGCUAAAUGUUCAAAACAAGAACUCUUCAUACUUUGUGGAAUGGAUCCCAAACAAUGUUAAGUCAACUGUUUGUGAUAUCCCACCAACUGGGCUCAAAAUGGCGUCCACUUUCAUUGGUAACUCGACUUCCAUUCAAGAAAUGUUUAGGCGUGUGAGUGAGCAGUUUACUGCUAUGUUUAGGAGAAAGGCUUUCUUGCAUUGGUAUACUGGUGAAGGUAUGGAUGAGAUGGAGUUCACUGAGGCUGAGAGUAACAUGAAUGAUUUGGUGUCUGAGUAUCAGCAGUAUCAGGAUGCGACUGCUGAUGAGGAGGGUGAGUAUGAGGAGGAAGAGGAGUAUGAGGAGGCUUGAGGAAAGAAGGAAGGGAAUGUAUUUUGGUUUUUUAUAUGUAGUUUGGAGUUUUUGGUGGGUGGUUAUAUGAUAUGAGUGGUUGUAAUCUCAACUGCCCAUUUAUGCAAACACAGUAGUAGGUUUGGUUGUAAUUUCUCUAUCUGGAUCAUAAGUACCAUUUCUUUUUUUGUCUAGUGCUUAACUUGUUCUUGGAUUUUGGAUUUUGAUGUUUGUAUAUGGUUUUUAAGUGUGUACUUUUGCU